AUGUCAUACGGAUACAUGUGGUUUGAAGAGAUACCUCUCCCUGCCGUGGAUUUCAUAUCUGAACACCUCAGAGAAGACUGUGAGAGUUUUGUGUUUAAGGAUGAAGAUGUCUUAAUACUGACUUACCCCAAAUCAGGAACAAACUGGUUGAUUGAAAUUCUCUGCCUGAUUUGCUCCAAGGGGGAUCCCAAGUGGAUCCAAUCUGUGCCCAUUUGGGAACGCUCACCCUGGGUAGAGACUGACAGUGGCUAUAAUUCACUGAAGGGUAAGGAAGGCCCCCGCCUCAUCAGCUCCCGGCUCCCCAACCAACUCAUCCCCAAGUCUCUCUUCAGUUCCAAGGCCAAGGUGAUUUAUCUCAUCAGAAAUCCCAGAGAUGUUCUUGUGUCUGGUUACCUUUACUGGAGUACUUCAAAUUUUAUUAAGAAACCAGAGUCAUUGGAAUAAUAUUUUGAAUGGUUCAUCCAAGGAAUUGGUGAUUGA